UAAAGUCAUACAAGUCGGUGCUCGUUGAGUCUGCCGGUGUUUGUUUAUCUGUUUUUUUUUAUAAUCAAAUUGAACGUUGUAAGACUCAUUUUUCUAAUUCAAAAAUGAGCAAAACUGAUCUACCGUAUCUGGCAGAAUAUGCCAAAAGUGGUCGUGCCAGCUGCAAAGGCUGCAGGACCCCAAUAGGACAGGGGACUUUGCGUCUUGCUGUUAUGGUCCAGUCUGCACAUUUCGAUGGAAAACAACCCAAUUGGUACCACUUUGAGUGCUUUUUCAAAAAACAAAGACCAAAGACUGUCGAUGACAUUGAACACUACGAAUCUUUGAGAGUUGAAGACCAAGACAAGAUAAAGGGAAGAGUCGGACUGUCAAGUGUUACUAUAGUUCCAGACAAAAAAGGGAAAAAACGAGCUGGAGAUAAAAUCGAUGCUAAAUUGAAGAAAGAAGCUCUGAAGGAUUUCAGAAUUGAGUAUUCCAAGUCCGGAAGGGCUGCUUGCAGAGGAUGUGAACAGAAGAUUUUAAAGGAUGAGGUCCGUAUUGCCAAAAAAGAUUUUGAAACGGAAGUAGGUAGAAAAUAUGGAGGACAAGAUCUCUGGCAUCACGUUACUUGUUUUGCUCAAAUUAGAGCUGACCUAGGAUACUUCGAAUCUGGAGAUAAGCUGCCUGGUUUUAAAGGGUUGAAGAAAGAGGACCAGAAUACUGUGAUCAAGGCUAUAGUUCCUAUUAAACAAGAAGAUAUCCCUGAAGUGAAGAAAGCCAAAGUAGAAGAUGAAGUGGAUGCUCCUCCCAAGGAAGAUGAGGAGUACCGCAAGCAGAACAAAUUACUGUUUAAAUACCGGGAUGCCCUUAGCCAGUACGAAGGAAGUGAAUUCAACAAACUCACUACGGCUUUGCUGGAACACAAUGGCCAAGCACAUUGUAAAGGCAGAGAAAAGACAUUGGACCACUUGGCAGACAUCAUGACCUUCGGAGCCCUCGUUCCAUGCGACACAUGCAAAGGCCAGUUCGUGUAUUCCAGCGCAGGUUACGUGUGUAAGGGUGAUCUUACAGACUGGACAAAAUGUAACAAGACAGUGAUGGAGCCUAAACGGAAGCCUUUCAAGAUACCCGACGACUUGCAACACUAUUCGUUCUUGAAAUCGUAUAAAUAUAAACCAAGGAAUAGAAUUAUUAAAGUAAAAGUUCCUACUAACGGCGUUAAAAAAGAGAAAGAAGAAGAAAAUGCUGAGCCACGUGUUAAGAGAGAGCUUCCACCUCUAUACGAAAUGAAAUUCGUCAUCCUUGGACUUUCGGGUAAAAGCAAAGAAGCCAUAAAGAAAGAAGUGACAGCUUUGGGAGGUAAAGUCGUUACCAAAAUAGACAAAACCGUCAUGGCUGUCAUUACGACGAAAGAGGAAGUGGAAAAGCUGGGCAGUAGAAUGCAAGAAGCGGAAUCUGAAGGAAUCCAUGCCGUUCCGGAGGAUUUCUUGAAAGAGGCCAAAGGCAAAACUGGAAAAAUCCCAGAUCUGAUCGUUAAGAAGAGUAUUUGCAGUUGGGGAACUGAUCCUACAGUCCGCCUGCCACAGCCAGCGUCCACCAGCUCUAAGUCAAAAUCGCAGAGCAUUUACACCAAAUCGGUACCAAAAUCCGUCAAGUUGAAGCUCAAAGGAGGAACUGCAGUUGAUCCAGACUCUGGGCUCGAAAAUACAACCCAUGUGUACCAAAGUGGCAACGAUAAAUAUACCGCCAUUUUAGGUUUGACUGACAUUCAGUCGGGGAAGAAUAGUUAUUAUAAAUUGCAGUUGUUGGAAGCCGACGGAAGGAACAGUUAUUGGGUGUUUAGAUCUUGGGGAAGAAUUGGAACCACCAUUGGAAAUACUAAACUUCAGAAGAUGGAUUCUUUGAUCCACGCCAAACAAAAUUUCGAAGAAGUAUACGAAGAGAAAUCCGGAAACGCAUGGAGAAAUAGACAUAACUUCAAAAAAGUCCCUGGUAGAAUGUACCCCAUUGAGAUGGACUACGGAGAGGAGGAAGCUGAAAAGCUGGACAUUGUCGAGUGUGAUUCAAAGCUGCAUCCUGGAGUACAAGAUCUUAUUAAGGUUAUGUUUGACGUGAACACUAUGCAGAAACUUAUGUUGGAGUUCGAGUUGGAUACAGAAAAAAUGCCCUUGGGAAAAUUGAGUAAAUCACAGAUUCAAAAGGCUUUUGGAGUUUUGAGCGAAUUGCAAACUCUGAUAAACGAAAAAGCAGAAAGAUCCAGAUUUAUAGAUGCCUCCAACAGAUUUUACACAUUCAUACCUCACUCCUUCGGUGUUGAUGAUCCACCAAUCUUGGACGAUCCCGAAGUUAUCAAGCAAAAAAUCGAAAUGUUGGACAGCUUGCUGGAACUCGAAAUCGCCUACAACUUGAUGAAAACAUCAGGUUCCGAACAUACAGUCGACAGCUACUACAAGCAGCUCAAUACAGAGAUCGAUAUCUUGGAGAAAACAAGCGAAGAGUUCCAAAUUAUCGAAGAAUAUGUCAAGAAUACCCAUGCAGCUACCCAUAAUACUUAUGAGUUGGUUAUCGACCAGGUGUAUACUGUCAAACGAAAAGGAGAAGAAAAGCGCCACAAACCAUUCCGCAAGCUUCCGAACAGAAAAUUGUUAUGGCACGGUUCCAGAGUUACCAACUUCGCUGGUAUUCUCUCUCAAGGUCUUCGCAUCGCUCCACCAGAAGCUCCUGUGACCGGUUACAUGUUCGGUAAAGGUAUCUACUUUGCCGAUAUGGUCUCCAAGUCGGCCAAUUAUUGUUGCACCAACGUCAACAGUCCGUUGGGUCUGAUGCUGCUCUGCGAUGUAGCUCUAGGAAAUAUGCACGAAAGAUUGCAAGCCGAUUAUAUUGAAAAAUUGCCCAAAGGAACUCACAGUUGCAAAGGCGUGGGAAUGACACAUCCAGAUCCUUCAGUGGUUAAGAAGAUUGGUGAUAUUGAAGUACCUGUUGGAAAAGGGGUUUCCAGCAAUGCCAAGUCCAGUUUGUUGUAUAACGAAUAUAUCGUUUAUGACGUGGCUCAAGUCAACAUAAAAUAUUUACUGAAGAUGCACUUUGAAUAUAGGUUCUAAGUGGCUUAGUAGUUUUAGUUUUGUUAUUCACUGUUUUAACUGUUAGUUGUAAGUUCUAAAAGUUAAAGUGUUUGUUUUUUACAAGAAUUGUAAUUUAUACACUAUUUUCAAUACUUUUAUCUUAUGCUAAAUGAGCUUAUUAACAAUUUUGCUUUCAGUGCUAUUUUAGUACUGUUUCGGUAAGACCAGAAUAGAGUAGAUGAGAUCAUCAAAAUUGACGAGCAAUGUUUGGCACAAUUGACACAAUUAUUUUAUAUUUCGCAUGUUCAACCAGCGAUCAAUUGUUGCUUUUUUGACCAUUAGUUGUUUUUAGGGUCUUUAUUUUUCGAUAUAUCUUUGGUACUCUCAAAAUUCUUAUAAAUACCUGAUUGUGGCACCUUUAGUAAUAAUAAAUAACAAAAUUUUGAGCAUAUUAUUUCAAUUUUUGGAUUUGUCGACAAUUAAAAUCUUGAUUUUAAUGGAUCAUGACUUGUUUGCUAGAAGUCUAAUCGUUGGUUUUCUCCCAGACCCCCUACAGGCCAGUUCUCCCUACAAAGCAAAACUUUCCUUUGAACUCCAGUAUAAUGUCAUAUUCUACAAAAACUCUAUUUUUUCUGCAAUAAAUGUGACCUGUUAGUAGAAUUUCUCGUUUUCUCCGUACGUUUCCAAUCCAAAUAAUGCUCCAGAGGUGCUUUUCUAAUGCCUUACGUUUUCUCGAUGCUUUUCCAAUGCCCUAAUCCUUCUUCAAUGCUUUCUCAACGUUUUUGGCACUUCUUUAACACCAAUGACGCAUUCUGGAAGCUUUUCUAAUGCUUUUAACGCUUACUCGAUGCUUUUGGUUCUUUUGGAUCUUUGUAAGCGUUGUAAAAACGUCGAGACAUUUUUACUAUCGUUGUAAAAGCGUCUAGAAAGUGCCUCUCUAAAAAAUUCCAAAGUCCUAUUAACUUCUAGGCGUUGAAACAUCAUUGGAGUUGAGAAAGUGUAAAAAUGGUUGUAAACCCUUCAAAAAAUGCUUAAGAUAGUAGGAAAAUCGUCGAUAAAAUGUUAAGAAGUGUUAAAACAUCAUCAAUAGCGUCAGAACUACUUCGAAAACAUUGUAAAACCAUUGGGAAACUUCAGAGAUCGAUAUAGUCAUUGUCAAAAAGGGUCGAGUACAUAUCAAAACCACUGAAAUGUCGACGAAAAAUAAUCAUAAAUUUCCCAAAAGGUCGAGAGAUAUAUCCUACAUCGAAAUAUAUAAAACAAAUAUGUCUGUAAAUAAUUUACAGAAAAAGCGUGAGGACCGUUGAAAAAUCGUUAAAAGUAUCGUAAAAGCGUUCGAAGAUUGUGGAAAAAAGCUCAAAAUGUGUUAAAUGCUUCCUAGUAUGUAUUAAAAAUCGUCGAUUAGACGAUUAGUUAGAAAGCGCCAAAGGUAUGAGAAACAGUCUACAGAUAUAUCCUAAAUCGAAAUAUAAAUCAUAAACCCGUGUGCACAGAAUUUACAGAAAAAGGUUCAGGAUCGUUGAAGCAUUGUGAAAGGUGACGAAAAUGCUUCAAAAAGUUGGAGAAUCGUCGAGAAAGCGUUGAAAGGCCGCCAAAAUUCGGAAAACUGCUGAAAAAGGUAUUCUCGAUCGAAAUAUAUAAAACAAAAAUUUCUGUAGUUGUCCUUACAGAUAGAAAUGAAAAUUAUUUCGUUUGAUAUAUGUGGAGCGUUUUAUAAGUCACUUCUUCUGUUCAGUUGAAUUUAGUAAAGUGUAUAAAUUAUAAUUAAUUUCAUUAUUUAGUUACGUUACGUUAAGUUUAUCAAGUAUUUUUUCAUGUUCAAAAGUUACCAAUAUUCCAAACUAAUAUACCAUAACGUUAAAAAUUGUAAUAAUCAAAAACUAUUAUUUAUCACAGUUUUGUGUUACAUCACAAAGUGAGUUGGAUAAUCGACAAUAUUUUCGCUUUUUACACUUCAUAGAAUAGGGUUAACUUGAUCUUUCAGAGAUAUUUUACAUUUUGAACGAAUCUCUUACUUUUCGGUUUAUAUUUUUUUAAUUAGUAUAUUCUAUUAUACUCAUGAUGUUUAUUACUAACAAGAGUGUAAUAGUUCUUUUCUAAAACUUGUAUGAGUUGAUAAUUAUUGUUAUAAUGCUCACGCCACAAUCGGUGAGCUAUAUAUUUUGUUUUUAUUGAUAUUUGUUUGCCCUUAAUUGCAGGUAUUUUCUAUUUGUUUUUGUCAAUAAACAGUUUCAAUAAAAUUAUAUUAUUUUGCUA